CAGUAUUUAAAAGUGAUAUUGUAUUGAUAAAUAACGUUUAAUGAAUGUCAUUUGUUUAUUUUUAUAAUAAAACGGCGCAGUAUAACAAAGUGCCAACGUAGCAGUAACAACUAGUCUACACAGAACGCCUUUUACUGUACACAACAUACUUCUUAUAUCUAAAAAAUAAUAAAAAUAUUCGAAAUGAAAAAUAACAAAAUUUUAUGAAUAUUUCGGAAUUUGCGCCAGCCUCUGACGUCAUUUCUGACGAUGCUCCAAUCAGACGACAUGGAUGAAAACGCAUCCAUGCGAGCGCGCUCCAGUUGCUGGGUAUAAAGUAAACGAUGAUGCGCGAUGUAUCUUUUGGUAAUUGAUGUCGCAUGUCAAGAGAAGAGACACCGAGGAUCACUGGACUACUUUGAAGACAACACUCUCUGCUUUUGACAUGCGUGUUCUCAAUUUGGUUCUUGAAUGUCAGCAAGAGCAGAGUGAUUAAAAGUGCUCUGUAACCUCCACUCAACUCCUCCAUGAUUCAGGACACAGUGACAGAAUGACACAUCUGGGUCAUGGGAGUGCCUUUAUUUUGUAGGACUAAUCAUUGACAUUUUGGAGCUGCAGCCAAGUGACCCAUCAGAUAUUUUGUAGGAGUCAAGGUGUGCAUAUUGGUCCACAAUGAGUGCCCAAUUCGAAUCAGAUGUGUACACCAUAUCUCCUGAGAUGCCAGCCAUGUUUGACGGCAUGAAGCUGGCGGCUGUAGCCGCGGUGCUGUAUGUCAUAGUGCGGAGUCUAAAUCUGAAGAGCCCCACGGCGGCCCCUGACAUCACCUGUCAAGAUACACCUCUCAAUCGCUAUCUGCUGAAAUCUUGCCCUGUUCUUACCAAAGAGUACAUUCCCCCGCUGAUAUGGGGAAAGAGUGGACAUCUCCAAACUGCUCUUUAUGGAAAAAUGGGUCGAGUGAAGUCGCCUAGCCCCCGCGGGAUCCGUAUGUACCUGCCCAUGCAAGAUGGAGCAACUGCCACCUUUGACCUGUUUGAGUCGCAGGGCGUCCACAAGACUGGAGAUGACAUCACCAUGGUGAUCUGCCCUGGGAUCGGUAACCACAGCGAGAAGCAUUAUAUACGGACCUUUGUGGAUUAUUCCCAGAAACAAGGCUACAGGUGCGCCGUGCUCAACCAUCUUGGAGCGCUGCCAAACAUCGAGCUUACCUCCCCAAGGAUGUUCACCUACGGUUGUACUUGGGAGUUUUCAGCCAUGGUGGGUUACAUCAAACGCACAUUGCCUCAAACCCAGCUUAUCGUGGUGGGCUUCAGUCUGGGAGGGAACAUCGCCUGCAAGUUUCUGGGCGAGCAUCCCACCAAUCAGGAGCGAGUGCUGUGCUGUGUCAGCGUGUGUCAGGGAUAUAGUGCUCUAAGGGCUCAGAAGACAUUUCUACAGUGGGACCAGUGCAGGAGACUAUACAAUUUUCUUAUGGCUGACAACAUGAAAAAAAUCAUUCUGUCUCACAGGGGAAGUUUAUUUGGUAUGAGCUCAAGCAAAAUGGAGUCUGCCGACCUCAGUCACCUUUACACAGCCACUUCACUCAUGCAGAUUGAUGAUAACAUCAUGAGGAAGUUUCAUGGACACAACUCCCUCAAGGAGUAUUACGAGAAGGAGAGCUGUGUGCAUUAUAUUCACAAUAUCAAUGUUCCUCUCCUCUUGGUGAACUCCUCAGAUGAUCCUUUGGUUCAUCAGUCCCUGUUGACGAUACCUCGCACACUAGCAAAAAAGAAGCCAAACGUGGUGUUUGCGCUGACGCUUCACGGUGGCCAUCUUGGCUUCUUCGAGGGUGCUGUCCUCUUUCCUCAACCUCUUUCCUGGAUGGACAAAGUCAUAGUCAGUUACGCCAAUGCUAUCUGCCGGUGGGAGAAACAUAAGCCACAAUGCCACUAGGACCCAUAUGAGACACUGCACCACGGGGAGGCGUGUUCUGGUGUUCUUUGGAUUCAGGUUGAAUGUUUAGGUGAUGGUUUAUGGAGGUCAGACUCACCAGCGUUUUUCCUCUGACCUUCAAGGAGGACAUCAGGAACGAAGAAAAGAUAUGUAUGGGACAUAUCACGUAUGCUUGUAUCGGUGGUGUUGUUGCUGCACAUUUGCAUUUAUAGUAUGUUUAAAAAGGUUGUGGGAUACCUUGUAUAACAUUUUGCAAGAUGAAGCUUUAUAAAUGUAAAGGUGCUUAUGGUUAAAGCUAUGCAACAUGUUCAAACCAAGACAGCAACAUUUACAUGUAUGUCUGUCUUAUAAUGUUCAAAAAUUGCUUUGAAAACUGGUUUAAUAUUUAGUGAUGUUUGUACACAUUUUAAGUGUAUCAUGUGGAGAGCCUCAAUUACUUUUGUUAAGUCUUUCAGAUUGCUAAUGUUUGUUUUAUUGACAUAGAAUUAUGACAGUUAUAAAACUGUUAC